AUGAUUGUGAAUGAUGUUGCACCAAGAGAUAAAUCAAAGGCGGGAAGAAUUAUUGGAUUGAGUAUUGGCGCAAUGGCCAUUCUUUUGUUGUUUUCACUUCUCGGAUUGUUUAUGUACAGACGUACUAAGAAGGGUCUUUCUGAUGAUUCUUCAUCUGAAAUCCCUGAUGUAUCUGAAGAAACAGAAAUUGGAACUGUUUUAACAGAAACAACAAAGACAACACUUGAUAUACAGAACGAUCCUGAGUUAUUUACCUCAGAUACUCCCCCUGAAAAUAGAGAAGAUAAUACCAUGAAUGAAGUGUUCUUCUAA